AACUUUUCCCAGCUUCCCAAUGUGACAGCUGGGGCUGAUAUCACCGCAGCAAACUUCAAUGAUCACUUCCCAGAUACUUCUGCACCAGCAAUCCAGAAGGUAGGUGGAAGUGGCAGGAUGUCUCCUGUAAGAGCACACACCAUGAAGGAGUAUGAGCAGCAAAUCUCUGAUCUGAAGAAGGAGAACUUCAGUCUUAAGCUGCGAAUCUACUUCAUGGAGGAAAGAAUGCAGCAGAAGUUUGAAGACAAUGAUGACAUCACAACAAACAUUGAGCUGAAAGUAGAAGUUGAGAGCCUGAAGAAAGAAUUGACAGAAAAACAGCAGCUUCUUGUCAAGGCAUCUAAUGCUGUAGAGAGUCUAGCCCAUGAGAAGGAUGUUAUAGCUGAGAAAAUGAAGGAAGAGAAAGAUGAUGCCCUUAGUCAACUCAAAGAACAACUUGAUGGGAAAUGCCGUAGGAUACAACUGGAACUUGAUGAGUUACAGCAAGCUAAUCAAGGCCUACAGAAUCAGCUUGACAAUGCUUCCUCAAGUAAGGAAAACUUAGAGGGUGAUCUUUACAACAAGAAGGUAGCAUCUCAGAAGCAACACAUGGACAAUAAAGAAGCACUUGCAGAGAAAGACAGGGUGAUAGAGCAACUAAACUCUGCUCUGAGAGCCAAAGAUCAAAUAAUAGGAAAGUUGAAUGAUGAGAAGGUCUUGACUGCAAGGAAGACAGUACAACCCUUACAGGAAGAGGUCAACAAACUCAAGGAACAACUACACGAAAAACAAGACCAAAUUGAAGAUAUGGAGAAAGAUGCAGAUAAAGGUAAAGAUAGAGACAAGGAGAGGAUACGCAAACAAUACGAGGAUGUAUAUCUUGAGCAGGAGAAGAGGGUUCGUGAGUUGGAAGAUGCUACUGAAAAACUCCAGGAUGAAAUCAACAACAAAACAAAGAAUGUCAAGGAUAUUGGAAAUGCUUUGAUGGUGUCACAGAAGGUCAUCAAGGAGUUGGAUAGAAAAGUGAAGGACAAAGAUGGUGAGAUUGAAACCCUUGAGAGUGAAGGGAAGAAAGAAGCGAAGGCAAAGCAAGGACUUACAGAGAUGAUCAAAGCAAAAGAUAAAGAGAUUCAACAAUUAUGUGAUCAAAUAGAGGACAUGGAAGAAGCUCUCACUAGAGCGAAUGAGAGAGUAAAUAAAGCAGAACGCAAGAAACAUGAGGGUAUGGAACAGCAGCAGUCCUCUCUAUCAGAAUUGGAAGAAAGAUUAGCUGAUAUGAGAUCUCAACUACAUACAAAAGACCUGGACAAUGAGCGAUUGCAACGUUCAAUGACUCGAAAACAGCAUGAAUUAGAAAGGCUGAAAGAUGACAUGAAAGAAGUAGAGGACCAAACAGAUGGUAUGGCAAAACAAAAAGAUGAUACAAUAAAGCUUUUAAAGGACCAACUUCAAGAUUCCAAAGCAAAAUCCAAAGAAAAUGCAGAUGCAAUCGAACAACAUUACCAGAAUCUUCUUGAUGAUAAUCAGCAUCAACUUGAUCUCAAGGAGAAGAGCAUUCAGAGGUUAACUAAAGGUCUUCAAGAGAAGGAUAGACUUGUUAAAGAAUACAUGGAGCUUGCAAAGAAUGCCAGCUUGCCUGAUGCUCAGCAGGCAUCAACAGAAAGCAUUUUACAAGAUCUAAGAGAUAAGCUGGCAGACAGAGAUAAAGCCAUCCAGGAGGCAAAUGAAGAGAAAAUAAAGGCUGUUGAUGCUAAGGAGGCUGAAUUAAGAGCAUUGAAACACAGCCUUAGAGAUCAUCAAAGAGACCUUGAGAAGGCUAAUGGUGAUAUGAUGGAAGAUGCGAAUAGAUUAGGGGAACUGGAGGCUAAAAUGAAGGAUUUGGAUAACAAGAACAAACAACUCUCGGACAGUGUCAAGGCUCUAAAUAAAGCCAACCAUGAUGCUGAAGAUAACCAUCACCGAUCACUUGGUGAAAAAGAUGCAAUAAUCAGUCGUCUGCAGGCAGCCAUCGCUAGCAAGGAGAGGGAGCUUGAGAAGGAGAGAGAUACUCAACAGAAGAAUAGAGAGCAUAACGGAGCAGCUCAGAACGUAGCCAUUCAACAGCUAAAUGAACGACUAAGAGACAAAGACAAACAAUUGGAAGAUAUUGUUAGUGAGCGUGCUCAAGUGGCUGCAGCCAACGAGAAAGCCACACAAGAUCUUUUACAAACCAUCAGGGACAAAGACACACAAAUUAAGGAGCUGAAUGAUAGAUACAACAGAGCGCUUGUUGAUAAGAGCAAUGCAUUGAGAGAUCUACAGAGGCAGGUUAAUGAGAAGGAAUAUGAACUACAGAAUGCAGAAGAAACACUAGCAAGAGCUGACCAUGAGCAUGGUGCCCUCCUUGGUAAGAUGAGAAAUGCCUUAUCCGAGAAAGACAAGACAAUAGAGAAACUUCUUGAGAGUGGAAGGGAGAAAGAUCGCUUGUUUCUUGAAAUGCAGCAGUCGGCUGUGAGAGCCUCACCGAGUCCAUCACAUAAUGCAGAGAUGACCAGACUCAAGGAUGAAAAUGACAGACUAAAUCGAGAGAUAGAUAAACUCUCAGAUCUGUUAGCAAGACUGAGAUCUCAGAAACCUGAUGAAGAUUAUGUAACUUCACUCAAGGAGGAUCUGAACAACAAGAACAAACUUUUAGCCAAAGCAAAGGAAUCCUUAGAGUCUCUGCAAGAUGAGCAAGAAGCAGAGCAAUUGGCCAAGCAGAAUGCUGCCAAGCUUCGCAGGAGGAUCCUGGAACUUGAAGAUGAACUUCAAGCCAAGGGAGAUCGGAUCAAUGAGCUCAACAAUGCUGGAAGAAUCAAAGAUAGUCUGAUCAAGUCAACCUUGGGCAUGUUACAUGAAGCUCAGUAA